UUUACAUGAACGCGCGAUUUUUGACAUGAAUCGAGACCGAGAUACGUGAAGCGAGUCGUUAUUCGACUGUCGAUCGUAUCCGAUCGUCUAUUCGAGGAAGAAAUCAACGAUGGCGAUAAUCGGUAGAAUUAACCGGGUUCUGUGCGCAAAGUUUCGCGAUAGAUAUAGCGGGGUGAGCCGAUCGCACGUUCGUCCCGACAGGAAAGGAACGAAACGAUUAUUCGGAUUAAUGGCGGGAGCGAUCGGAAGCUGUUGCGGGGCGAUUCUUUAUUUUCUCAAUGAAUCGACGUCCGUGAAUGCGCUCGAUUUGGAAAUUCAGAUACCGAGUUAUCCUUGGUCGUUCAACGGUGUAUUUAAAGCGUUCGAUCACGCGGCACUGAGAAGAGGAUGGCAGGUUUAUCGAACCGUGUGUCGCACGUGUCACAGUCUGCAAUACAUUCGUUUUCUCGAUUUGAUCAACGUAACGCAUACCUUGGAAGAGGUUAAACAGAUUGCUUCCGAGUUUGAGGUGGAGGAUGGUCCCGACGAAGAAGGGAAUUAUUUCAUGAGACCGGCAAAAUUGUCCGAUUACAUUCCGUCUCCGUAUGCGAACGAGGAAGCGGCGAAAGCGGCCAACUUUGGCGCUUAUCCACCGGAUUUGACUUACAUGAUUUUAGCGCAGAGGGAUGGAGUGGAUUACGUGUUUUCCCUGUUAACGGGAUGGAUGGAACCGCCGGCAGGGCUAGAGAGCGAGGAGAAUCAAUACUUUAACGCGUAUUUUCCCGGUGGACGUACCACGAUGCCGCAAGUAUGAAAAUACGAUUCG